CCUUUAUUAGCUAUCAAUACAGUCUGUACAGCUAUAUUCAAAUCACUACAAGGGCCUCGUACAGCUCAGGGGACCACUCGAAAAUGACCAACCUGACCCUAUACUCUAUUACUGCCCUCUUGAUCCUGGAUGCCGAUGGGCACCGGGUGAUGGCCAAGUACUACCACCCACCUCACUCGGCUCCUACUUCUGGUCAGAACUCGGCAACGCCUUCAUCCUCAACGGGACCUCAGGGGUUGGCUUCGCUCAAGGAGCAAAAGGCGUUCGAGAAGAGCGUACAUGAGAAGACCAAGAGGGGAGGUGGUGACAUCAACCCCCUACCUCCUCACCUUGUCCUAACGAAAUCCACCACUGACCUCCACUUCCACAUCGUCGGCCCCCUAGCGACGUCGAACGAAGUCCAACUUUCCCUCGCUCUCAACGCUUUCAACGAUGCCGUCAGCUUAUUGUUGAGAGGACAGGUCGAGAAGAGAAGCGUUUUAGAAGGGUUGGACAUGGUCCUCUUGGCUGCUGAUGAGACUAUCGAUGAUGGUAUCAUUCUGGAGACCGACGGCGCGGCCAUCGCAUCCCGAGUAUCCCGACCCCGAACCGACACGACCGAUAUUAUCAUCAACGAACAGACCAUCAUGAACGCCUAUUCCAACUUGAAGGACCAGAUGGUUAGGCGUAUAGGCCAGCUCUAAGCCAAUAGUCAUGAAGAGAUGAGGAGAAGAUAAGAUAGAUGGCUCAUGGUAACGGGAUGCCGGUCUCGAGUUCGAGACUGCGGCCUGAGAAAAGGUGCAUGUGAUGGUUCUCGAUUCAUCUUUUGUUUUGUUUUGAGGGCGAAACCCUUUCCUUUUGUAAUAGAUAGCGAGCAAUGAUCAUCGCUAUGCGACACGGAAAACAAAGA